AUGCCACCAAGAAUCUAUUUCUAUCAGUACAAGAGCCGAUACAUUGUCAGCUUGAAAGCUGGAGUUGACGGAGACGCGCUCCGUGGACAUAUACAUUGGGUACAAGACGUGCAUCGUAAACGAGGCUUGUUGCGGGAUGGCAUCUCCGGCGUUCAAAGAACGUUUGACAUCGGCAAGUUCCACGCCUAUGCUGGCUCAUUUGACGAAAAGACUUUGUUGGAAAUAAAGAGCAAGGACAUAGUUGAGCUUAUUGAGCCUGACACGCCGGUAUACCCGUUUGGAAUAGUCACGCAGAAUCAAGCCACUUGGGGGCUAGGGGCAAUAUCACAGGCUGAGCUUGUCAGUACUAAUGCAAGUCUGCGCAAUGGGUUUGAGUACACGUACGACGAGAACGGAGGGAAAGGAACGUUUGCGUAUGUGGUUGAUACCGGAGUUUGGGUGGAUAACCCGGACUUUGAAGGUCGCGCCGAGCUCGGCUACACUGUCUACCCAGAGAUUCCCUUUGAAGACAGUAGUGGACAUGGUACUCAUGUUGCUGGAACAAUCGCCUCCAAGACGUGGGGUGUUGCUAAAAAGGCGCAAGUCAUUGCGGUGAAGGUAAUUGCGCCAAACCAGGGAGUCAUGUCUGACUUCAUGGAGGGCUUUUCUUGGUCUGUGAAAAAUAUUACCGAAACGCCAGGCCGUGCAGCCGUGUCUGUCAUCAACAUGAGUCUAGGCGGCCCGACGAACUAUGCAUUCAAUAGUUUGGUUCACGCAGCAUCCGAGCAAGGCAUUCUCUCCGUUAUCGCAGCAGGUAACGCCGCUGUUGACGUCAGCCGAGUGUCGCCGGCUGGAACUGCCAGAGCAAUCACCGUUGCAGCCAGUGCUGUCAACAACACUGCAUGGAGUUUUAGUAAUUUCGGACCUGGCGUCGACUUGUAUGCACCGGGAGUAGACAUAUACUCCUUGUCUCUUGAGGCUGGCAAAGAUGUUGCCUUGAGUGGGACUUCCAUGGCAUCACCACACGUCGCUGGGCUAGCUUUGUAUUUAAAAAGUCUUGAGCCCGGCCUGGAAACAGUGGAUGCCAUCACGGCCAGGAUUUUGGAGUUGUGUAAGCGUGGUACCGUUCAAGGGGUUCCGGGAAGUACCCCGAACUUCUUGGCGUUUAAUGGUGUCGGUGUUUAG